AUGAUGAGGCUCAUGAUUAACCCUGGUAGGGCAUUGGCUACUCAAUUCACAUAUAAACCCAUAUUUAACGCGUCAAUCCCCCACCAAGCUGUAAAAUUCUUGACCACCAAAACCACCAAGUCUUCCAAAGAUAAAGUACUUGAACAUUUGAAGAAAAAGCUUAAAACAGCUAAAGAAAAGAGAAAGACAAUUGAACAAGAACUUAAGGAGAAGAACAAGCAAAUCAGGGAUUUAAUUUCACAACGUAAAAAGGAAGCUUCAACUAAAGAAAAAGCCAAAUUGAAAGAAAAGAAAGACGCAGAGAAACGUAAAGCCCAUUUGAAGGACACAUUGAGAGAACCACGCCCAUUAACCACUCGAAACUUCUUUGCCAAGGCAACGAAGACUCCAGUGACAACCUUAAAUGGAGUUUUCGAUGCAUUAUCUCAAUCAGAAAAGGAACAAUAUCAGAAAGCUACUGAUGAAUAUAAUCAAGCAUUAAAGUCGAUUUUGACUCCAAAACCAGUCUUGGGUCCUAUUACAGGGUAUCAAAAUUAUGUUAGUCAAAAUUAUCCACCUGGUGUAUCUUCUGACGUAGCAAUGAGAGAAUUGGCUGAUAAAUGGAGACUUUUAACAAAGGAAGAAAAGAAGUCAUACGAUGUACCUGAACACGAAGUAAACAGAAUUAAAACCAUUCAAAAAAAUUGGGAAGAAACAAGGGAGAAGGAGUAUCCUACAUUGAUUAAAUUUAAAGAAGAGUAUAAAUUUACUAUCUGA